AUGGCAAAGAAGAGUAAGAAAGAUAAAGAGGCUAAGAAGGCUAGAGCUGAGUUGAAGAAUAAGAAAAACCAAGCCAAGUCCCAGCAAAAGCAACAGAAGAAGCAACAAAAGUUGGAUUCUGACGAUGAAGACGAUGGUAAUAUAGAAGAAAUCCUUGAGAAUUUCAAGAAGGAGCAAGAAAAUUAUGAAAAGAUUAAUAUUGAAUCUGUCGAAAAACCAUCUAUCCGUAACAACGGUUCGAUCAUCUCAAGUACAACCAAAAAGGAAUUAUUAUUAUUUGGUGGUGAACAUACCUCGAAAGAAUUACAGACUACAAAGUUCUACAACGAUCUCUACACAUUCUCACCCGAUAACAACCAAUGGAAACGUAUUACUUCUCAGAAUUCACCCAUGCCUAGAUCUUCGGCAGCAAUGGCCGCACAUCCCUCAGGUAUUGCUCUCUUAAACGGUGGUGAAUUUUCAUCUCCAAAGCAAUCGACUUUUUACCAUUAUUCAGAUACGUGGAUUCUUGAUUUAACGACAAAAGAAUGGACCAAAAUCGAAGGGAAAGUCAAACCAGUUGGUAGAUCUGGCCAUAGAAUUACAACAUGGAAAAAUUACUUCAUCCUAUUCGGUGGGUUUAAGGACUUAGGACAUUCUACCACCUACUAUAAUGAUGUCUGGUUAUUUGACAUCACAACUUAUAAAUGGAAACAAGUUGAGUUCCCUAAAAAUCAUACUUUACCAGAUGCAAGAUCAGGACAUUCUUUGAUUCCAACAAGUGAAGGCUGUAUCGUGUAUGGUGGUUAUUGCAAAAUCAAGGCUAAAAAGGGCCUACAGAAGGGUAAAUUACUUUCUGGCUGUUGGAAUCUCAAGAUGAAAGCAGAUGUCGAGGCAAUUAGAUGGGAACGUAGAAGAAAGCAAGGUUUUCAACCAAGCCCCAGAGUAGGUUGUUCCAUGGCUUAUCAUAAGGGUAGAGGUAUCCUAUUUGGUGGUGUCUACGAUUUUGAUGAAACUGAAGAAAGCUUGGAAUCUAUCUUUUACAACGACCUUUUCACUUAUAAUAUUGAAUCGAAUAGAUGGUUCAACGUAACUUUGAAGAAAAGAUCAAAUGCGACAAAAACUAUUUCAUCAACAAAGAACAAAAGCUCCAAGGAAAAAGAAAGGGAAUUACAAGACUUGUUAAAUCAAAUUCUUGAGAAAAAUAAUCUGAAACCUGAUGAUGAAGAAGAAGAAGAAAGUAGUGACAUCUUUGGAAGUGAUGAUGAAGAUGACGAAGAACAAAAAAAUAAAAUUGAUAUUAAAACUGUGACACAACUUCCCCAUCCGAGAUUCAAUGCCACUACCACUGUUAUCGACGAUAUGCUGUACAUAUAUGGUGGUGCAUGGGAAUUUGGGGAAAUUGAUUAUUCUAUUGAUUCCUUUUAUAGCAUUGAUUUGAAUAAACUUGAUGGCGUGAACGUGUAUUGGGAAGAUUUGAAUGAGAUAGAAACCGCAAAAGAACUGGGUGAACAAGGCUCUGAAGACGAAGACGAGGAUGAUUUCGAAGAAGAUGAAGAAGAUGGUGAAGAAGAAGUCGAAGAUACUAAGCUUAUCGCAGAAGAUGUUGAAGACGAGAAAGAAGAAGAAGAAGAAGAAUAUCCUGAAAUGGAAAUUCCAGAUCCUCGUCCAUGGCUACCACAUCCAAAGGCAUUUGAAUCAUUAAGAGCAUUUUAUCUACGUGAAGGUCCUGCCUUUUUGGAGUGGGCGAUCUCAAAUAAUCGUCAUACUAGGGGUAAACUUUUAAAGCAAAAAUCAUUUGAAUUAUGUCAGGAUCGUUGGUGGGAAAGACGUGACCAAAUUUCUAUCGAAGAAGAUAAACUUGAAGAAAUCGGCGUUGUUGGGGAUGUUGUUGAAAGAGAUACUUCUAAAGCUGUUUCAAAGAGAAGAUAA